AUGUCAAUACUUAGCUUGGUUCGGAGUAUGAUCGUGAACAAAGCUCGUAGAAACUCAACUUGGCUUGAUGGGCUGUUUAUAUAUAUAUAUGCACUUGCUCAUGAUCAUGGUUUAAAUAGAGUGAUUUUGUUGGAAAAUGUAGCUUAUGAUAAUAAAUCUAGUUUACUGAUUCUAAAAUGUUUAAUUACGCGAAUGUAUCAACAUAAUCAUUUGAUGAUUUCCGCUAAUGAUUCUAACCAAAAUAAAUUUUUGGGAUACAACAAGAAUUUGUAUUCUCAAAUUAUAUCAGAAGGAUUUGCAAUCAUUGCGGAAAUUCCAUUUUCUCUUCGAUUAAGAUCUUCUUUGGAAGGGGCACAAAUUGUAAGAUCUUACAAUUUACGAUCCAUUCAUUCAAUAUUUCCCUUUUUAGAUGACAAAUUCCCACAUUUAAAUUAUGUGGCAGAUGUACUAAUACCCUACCCCAUCCAUAUAGAAAUCUUGGUUCAAACCCUUCGCUACCGGGUGAAAGAUGCCUCAUCUUUACAUUUAUUGCAGUUCUUUCUUCAUGAGUAUUCUAAUGGUAAUAUUCUUAUUAUUCUAAAUAAAUCUAUUUCUAUUUUUUCAAUAUAUAUAUAUAUAAGUUAG